AUGUUGCUGUGCUGUGCCUGUGUGGUGUUAGUUUGCAUGAUUCUGGUGGGAAGUGCUUGGGGACAGAGUGCUACAAAUGUCAGAUCCACAUACCACUUGUACAACCCGCAGCAGAACAACUGGGACUUGCGGGCUGUAAGUGCCUACUGCGCCACAUGGGAUGCCGAUCAGCCCUUUGCAUGGCGCAGCAAAUAUGGCUGGACUGCCUUCUGCGGCCCUGUUGGCCCCACCGGACAAGAUGCUUGUGGAAAGUGCCUCUUGGUGACAAACACUAGGACAGGAGAUCAAGUAACAGUGAGGAUUGUGGAUCAGUGCAGCAACGGAGGCUUAGACUUGGACGUGAGUGUGUUUAACCAAAUUGACACCGACGGCAAUGGCAAUGCCCAAGGCCACCUUAUUGUCAACUACGACUUUGUUGACUGUGGUGACUAA